AUGGAGGGCGCCACAGCCGCGGAGGCGCAUCCCACCAUGGGGGUCAAGAUCUUCUCAGCCGGAUUGGCGGCCUGCGUGGCGGAUGUGAUCACCUUCCCGCUGGACACGGCCAAAGUCCGGCAACAGAUUCAAGGUGAAUGCCCCAACUCCGGUGCCCCUAAGUAUAAAGGCGUCCUGAGAACAGUCAUCACUCUGGCAAAAACGGAAGGGCCACUGAAGCUCUAUAACGGACUGCCUGCUGGCCUCCAGAGACAAAUAAGUUCUGCCUCUCUCAGGAUCGGGCUCUAUGAGACCGCCCAGGAGUACUUCACCGAGGGCAGAGAAACUAGUUUAGGAGGCAGGAUCUUAGCUGGGGUGACGACUGGAGGAAUGUCCGUGUUCAUUGGGCAACCCACAGAGGUCGCGAAGGUCAGACUUCAGGCGCAGAGCCAUCUCUACGGUCCGAAACCUCGCUACACUGGGACUUACAACGCUUACAGAAUUAUAGUAACAACGGAAGGCUUCUCUGGACUUUGGAAAGGGACUACUCCUAAUUUGGCAAGAAAUGUCACCAUCAAUUGUACAGAGCUAGUAGCAUACGACCUAAUGAAGGACACCCUUGUGAAAAAUGAAAUCAUGGCAGAUGAACUACCCUGCCACUUUGUGUCGGCUGUUAUCGCUGGGUUUUGCGCAACGCUUAUGUCUUCGCCAAUGGAUGUAGUGAAAACCAGAUUUAUAAAUUCCACACCAGGACAAUACAAGAGUGCACACAAUUGCGCAAUGACAAUGUUUGUUAAGGAAGGACCGUCAGCUUUUUUCAAAGGGUUACUACCUUCCUUCUUGCGACUGGCAUCCUGGAACGUCAUUAUGUUCGUGUGCUUUGAGCGGCUGAAACGAGAGUUGAUGAAGUCAGGGCAGCCUGCAGACAGCGCCACAUGA